AUGCUCGUUCUCAACCACAAGCUCAUCCUCCUCGCCGUUCUGGUGCUCGCUCUCUUCUUGAGCAACGCCGACUCUGUCGACGCCAAGAAGCAGUGCCGCGUCAAGCACCAGAAGCACCACCACAAACACCACAAGGCCAACCACCACUCCUCGUCCUCUGCCGCCAGUGGUGCCCAGUCCGGCUCUCAGUCCGAGGCUACCUCGCCCUCUGGCUCGUCGUCCAACUCGUCGUCGGGCUCCUCCGCUUCGUCUGGCUCCAGCUCCGGCUCGGGAUCCGGCUCCUCUGGCUCCAGCUCGAGCUCCAACUCCAACUCCGGCUCUUCGUCGUCGUCGGACUCGGGCUCGGGCUCGUCCUCUUCUUCGUCGUCCUCAUCCUCUUCGUCCUCUUCGUCUUCGUCUUCGUCCGGUAUCUCCAUCUCUGGAUUCUCUCCUCCCCUUGGCAAAGCGGGUGUCGCUGGCGGCAACUCGCUCAAGUGGACUGCCAAGUCGCUCGGAUGGUACUACGACUGGACCCCCAACCCGGACAACCCGAACCGUGGCGACAUCCUCGCCGUGCCCAUGCUCUGGGGUCUGGGCCGUGUCGACCACGACGACGACUGGGCUCGCUUCGAAGCCUUCAAGAAGCUCAAGCCAGGCUCCGCCCCCUUCGUCAUGGGCUUCAACGAGCCUGAUUUCUCCGGCAGCGGCUCGUCCGGCGUGAUCCCCGUCGCCGAUGCCGCCGCCGCUUGGGAGCAGUGGAUCGCCCCUCACGCCCACGCCGGCGCCAAGCUCAUCUCGCCCAGCAUGGCCAUGCAGAAGGACGAGACUUGGCUUGCACCUUUCCUCAAGGCCAUCAAGACCCAGCCCGACAUCAUCGCCGUCCACAUCUUCCAGGACAACAUGGACGGCGUCAAGGGCGUCCUCGAUCAUUUCGCCCAGUAUGGAAAGCCGAUGUGGAUAACCGAAUGGGCGUACCAGGGACCAUCGCCGAAAUAUGCGGACCAGGCUACGGUCGAUUCUAUAGUUAAGCAGAUGGUGGAUCUUUUCGAGAACGAUGAACGCGUCGCAGCAUAUUCGAUUUCGGACGCCAACAAUGGACCUUACGGCGACCUAACACCGAACCAGGCUGGUCAGAGUCUCAGCCAGACGGGCAAGACCUAUCUGGCUUCUGUCGAGCAGGCGACGGGCAAGAACCAGCGCCGCAGCCUCACUCCCGUCCGAAAGUAA